CCUCUCGUGGCCUCCUCCUCACUUCUUCCUUCCGAUCGAAGCCAACCUACCUCCUCCCUCUGCUCCUGCUCCGGCGAAAUCGAGGACGAGUCUUCUCCACUCCGCCGCCGCCGCUUCCUCCUCUCCGUCCUAGGGUGCAAAAGAGGUUAACCUUCAGGUUCGCAAAUAUGUAUUUUGAAGGCUAUGGUUACCGUGGAAGCACUUUUGAGCAGACCUAUCGCUGCUACCCUGCAUCUUUCAUUGACAAGCCACAGCUUGAAUCUGGUGACAAAAUUAUCAUGCCACCUUCAGCGCUUGAUCGUCUCGCAUCUCUGCAUAUUGAAUACCCUAUGCUAUUUGAAGUCCGUAAUACAGCAGCAGAACGUACUUCACACUGUGGUGUCCUAGAGUUCAUUGCAGAAGAAGGGAUGAUCUACAUGCCAUAUUGGAUGAUGCAAAAUCUUCUUCUGCAAGAAGGAGAUAUGGUGUUUAUAAAAAAUGCCACCCUCCCGAAGGGCACAUAUGUGAAGCUGCAGCCUCAUACCACCGACUUCUUAGACAUUACGAACCCUAAAGCAAUCUUGGAGAAAACUUUGCGGAACUACUCUUGUCUAACCACUGGUGACAGCAUUAUGGUGGCAUAUAAUAACAAGAAAUACUACAUUGAUAUAGUUGAAACAAAGCCUUCCAGUGCUGUAAGCAUAAUUGAGACUGAUUGUGAGGUUGACUUUGCCCCACCACUUGACUACGUAGAGCCUGAGCGACCAAAACCUUCUGCUCCUCCUAGCGCUGAUCCUACUGCAGAAGCCGCAGUUGAAGAGGAACCAAAGUUCACCCCCUUCACAGGUCCUGGAAGGCGCUUGGAUGGGAAGGUGCCUAAAGAUCUGGAAGGCUCAUCCUCUUCGCCUGCAAAGCGGCAAGCUAAUGCGACCAACAGUGUGCAGCCCUCAACAGCCUCAGCCUCCACAUCACAGAGCACCACGGCACGUAAAACCACGGGAAAACUGGUCUUUGGCCCAGGCGGAAGCCAGUCAUCAAAAGCAAAAGAAAAGGUACCUGAGAAGGAUGUGAAGGAAGACCCGAAGAAAGAAGAGCCGAAGUUUUCAGCGUUUACAGGAAAGAAGUACUCGUUGAAGGGCUAAAUAGUCAGAAAAUCUGUUAUCUGUACUGAAAGUCUCAAACUCCAUCGGGGAGAAUAAUUCGAUCUGCUACUGUUUAGUUAUCUCUGGUCCCAUCUUUGGGCUGACUAGUGGUGUCUCGUGUCUGGAUGUUGAAUGCUUAUUCUUUUUUUAUCAUCAGCUGUACUGAUCCUUGUGUCAGCUAACUGGUUCAGUUCAACUGAUGUGAGAAAAGUAUUUUAAUCUCUCAUGGAAUUUUAAGGAGCUUGUACAUAUUCCCUUUA